UGAGACCGGAUCUGUUCAGUCUGCGCAUGCUCGGCGAUGGUAGUGGGCUCACCUGUCGGAAGAGCAGCUUUUCGGCGUUCUGUUUCGUCCUGAGUGUUGACCACCACAGCAGUGAAAUUCUAGAUCUCACUAUUGACUUCUACAAGCAGCUGUUACUUUUGUCCUUCUAAGAAGCAAGAGAGACAUCAAAAACUUCCAGGAAUACUGAAGUGGAAGGUCCAUGAGCAGGCCAGGUCCAUGGCACAACAACAGCAGAAUCCUGGGUGCCACCAGCUGGGAUUGUGCCUGCUUUGUGGAUUACCAGCAGCCGGUAAAACAACGAUGGCACAGGAGCUGAGUCAGUCACUGAGGAAGCACAAGGGGUGGUGCAGUGUUCUUUUCACUUAUGAUGAUAUCAUUCCCAUGGAGGCAUUCAGCAAGACAGAGAUGUCUCAGUGGCGAUGGUACCGGCAUGAGUUAUUGUUGUAUCUUGAACACUUCCUUCAGGCUCUUAUUAAAGGAUGCCAUUAUUCUCCUCCUCCAAACAGAACUGAAAAAACAUGGAAAAGCUUUGUCUGCUGUUUGAAAGAGCAAGGAGUAAUAUCUCCAAGAACAGAAGACUCUGCAUCUUGUCAAUAUUUAAUAGAUCUUACCCCGUUCCAACCAAUAUAUUUUAUUCUAGAUGACAACUUUUAUUAUCGGAGUAUGAGAUAUGAAGUGUACCGAUUAGCUCGCCAGUAUACCCUUGGUUUUUGUCAGCUGUUUCUGGACUGUUGUGUUGAGGUUUGCUUAGACAGAAAUUCUCAGAGGAAACAGCCAUUGCCUGAAGAAACCAUCUGCACAAUGGUACAGAAAAUAGAAGUUCCAAAUCCAGAGAAAUACACAUGGGAGCAAAAUAGCCUCAUUCUGAAGAAUACAGGACAUUCACCCGAAGAUAAUCUUCAGGUGCUAAGUUUGUUAUCUACCACUCUGGAAAACCCAGUGAAGCCCUUGGAAGAGAAUACAGAACAAAAGGCAGUGGAUCGAGCUAUUUGUGCAGUCAAUGUUCUUCAUCAAGCUGACCAGGCUGUCAGGCGAACAGUGUCUCAAGUAAUGCAGAAUGCUAAAGAGAAUAGCUUGACCCCAAGUGAGAUGAAGAGCUUGGCAGAAGAACUAAACAAGCUGAAAGUGGAGUUCUUGGAAGAUUUAAGACACCAGUUUAAUGAGAAAAAUCAUUGUCUAGAAAGUAAUACAUUUAACAUAAAUGUAACAUGUUUAUUCAGUCAGCAGACACAUGACAUUGUUAAGAAGUAUUUGAAGUAAAUAUUAGCAUUUUGUUUUGUGAAGGAUACAAAGUGAUAGCAGAUGAGUUUAACAAAGCAUGGAUACUAAUGCUUCAAAAAGGAUUGUUUAAGUUGGGCAUUCUUCCAAAUGCUGUUUGUGUUAAAUUAUUUCAGUCUGGGGAUUGAUUAAUUUCUAGCUUGCUAUUCCAUUAUUUGGAUUUGGUAUCUUUUGUGCCAGCCAUUUGAAACAGACUGCCUCAUGGCAAGAAGGCUAAUUCCCUCACUUGAUCAGCCUUAAAAUGGCUAACAGCCUCUUCCUGCCCCAAACUGCUCAAUGCUACCUUUGGAACAUUUUGCUGCUAACUGCAUCUGAAAAAUUUAGGAAGCCAGGAUCCAUGCCUUGUAUGUAUCCAGAUCUUGUGAAACAUUAUUAUAAUGUGAAUGCAUAGAGAUUAGCCACCAUCAAAAUCAGGAGAAGUAUACCUUUCCUUUGUGAAAAAAGUAGUAUGACUUGAGGCAUGUUUGUUUUUGUAGGGAAAGCUAGUAGCAUUGGGUUUUUACAAAGUAACACACUGGUUGCGGUUACGUGUUGGAUGGGGUGGGCAAUGUUUUUAUUAAGGCUGCAUGCAGCAGUGGAAAACAGAUUGGUGAUCACAUGCCAGCAGGUAGGGCAUGGACUCCCUCCCCUGCUCUCCUAAAAAACCCACGUACAGCAGGGAUGCAUGUGAUGCAUGAUUGCAUGCCCGCUUCUUCAGUGCUGUCUUGUUGGCACAUCCCUCAGCUGUGACCCAUAAGUCAGCAUAUGACCCAUUUGUGUUUUCCUAAAUGUAGUUAACUAACUCUGAUAUGAGCAUAUGAUAGCUUGGUAUUUUUUUAAGACACGAAAAAAUAUCCUGUUUGGUAAGGUUUACCAUGACUCAGAGUUACAAAGCAGUUGUUGGAGCUCAUGGUUUCACAGGCUAUCAAGGGUUUGACAGGCUAAUUGUCAACUUCUGAAAUGUUACAACUGUAGCAUGCAAGUUUCCCAAUUUUACAGAUCAUUUUAGAAGCACAGGUUACAUUUAUAUCCUACCUUUUCUUCAAGGAGCCCAAAGCAGCAUACAUGUAUCUCCUGCCAUUUUAUCCUCACCACAGUUCUGAGAACCUAGGCUCACACCAAGUGACUGCCAAGUGAUCUAGUGAGCUUUGUGGCUGAGUAGGGACUAGAACCCAGGUCCCCGAGUCAUGGUCUAAUACUCUGACCGCUCUAUCACACUCAUUUUUUGCUGCUUACUUCAAUGGGCUUUAAAAGGCUUAGCUAUUCCACAUGAAAAAUCCAUCCCAUGACACUUUUUUUUUUGGUUAAAUACUGCUGUAUACUAAGUUAAAAUGGAAAUGUUUAUGUUUGUAGUCCAUAUUUUGUGGUGUACAACCAUGAUCAGUUUGUGUAACUGUAAAUAGCACUGGACUUUAAAAGUUUAGAGUGCAAGAUAGUAACAGAACAAUCCACAGUUGCUAAAGCCAUCCCAGAAACUCCAAAAUGGGUUAUGAACUGUGUCCCAUAAAGUGCUAUCUGAAGCUGAACUCAUAUGAAGAAAAGUAGCACAAACGAUUUGGUAAGAAGUCAUCUAAGCUCCUUGUUAACACUACUAAUAAAAACUUAUUUGAGUUCUUGGGUUUGGCCAGUAAAUCUGUGUGUGGCUAAUCUUUUGAUUAAAAUAUGUAAAUAGUGUCUGGAGUAAUGAGUAUAGCUAUUAGCCUGAUUCAGAUAUCUUGGUAAGCCAGAGUUGCUGGGGAAUUCCCUUCUCCUAAACCAGCCCACAUUGUAAACCUUGGUUUAUGAUUGUAUCUUGGUAGGAAGACAUGUCAGAGAGCCUGGUUCAGACAUAACACUAAACAAACCACGGACAGAGGUUUCCUGGUUUGGCCAGUUGUUUACAGGAACAGUCAAGUGGCAGCAAUCAAGAAGGAUGUUUGAUCAUGCAUGGCAAGUCAGAAUUCUUAGCAAUCAUGGAUGAACAUGAUGCAAGAACAUAGCCAUUAUGCUAUCACAAUGGGAAAUGUAUUUCAGAACUGCGAAAGGUUUGUUAUUAAUAUUAAUUUUAUGUGCUCUUUGGCAUAAGUGAGGCAAAAUGUUCCUCCCUCCGUCCAGUUUUUCAUCUUUUAUUAAAUGGAGGUAAGAAAUAUCA